AUGGGGAAGACGAGCGGGACGAGAGAUUGGGCUCAGAUCUACGCCAUUUACGGGAUCGAGCAGAAACACACUCUCAUCUUCCUCUUCCUCAACGCGAUCGCUUUCUCCGUACUCUCCGCCGCGUUUCUCAUCUGCUUCCACCCGAUCUGCGUCUUCCUCGAGUCGUUCCUCUUCUCCAGCUCCGCCGCCGCCAGAUUCUCCGCCGGAUUCUUCGGCGCCGUGACGGCACUCUCCGCCGUCUGUUUGUUCUUCGCGGCGGCGAAUUUUCUGUACUCCGCCGUGCCGCUGAGGUACGAGAUGGCGCAGCGGAUGGUCGGAUCGGUGGGAGAUUGGUCGAGCGUGAAGACGGCGCUUGAUCUCGGCUGCGGCCGAGGGAUUCUCCUGAAUGCGGUGGCGACGCAGCUGAAGAAAACCGGUAGUUCCGGUCGGGUCGUCGGGUUAGACCGGUCCAUGAGCACUACUCUCUCCAUUCUCCGUACUGCACACAUCGAAGGAGUGCAAGAGUACGUGACUUGCCGUGAAGGAGACGUAAGGCGGCUUCCGUUUGGUGACAACUACUUCGACGUGGUGGUUUCCGCCGUGUUCCUCCACACAGUCGGGAAAGAGUACGGUCAGAAGACGGUGGAGGCGGCGGCGGAGAGGAUGAGAGUGCUCGGAGAAGCGGUGAGAGUGCUGAAACCGGGCGGGGUAGGAGUGGUGUGGGACCUUGUGCACGUGCCGGAGUACGUGCGGAGGUUGCAGGAGCUGAGGAUGGAGGAGAUUAGGGUUUCGAAGGGAGUCACUGCGUUUAUGGUCAAGAGCCAUAUGGUCUCGUUUAGGAAGCCUAGUCAGCUUUUUGUGGGACCUGGUGAAGUACGUUUAGACUGGAGAUGUUGA